AGGGUAGUGCUCGCAAAAUCUAUGAGGAUAUCGAUGCUGCUGAACAAUUAAAGGAUUCUACCAGGAGCUGUCUACGCCCCUUCUCUUGGAUGUGCAGUUUAGCUAUUCCGAUGAUGCUGUUCAGAUGAAUAGUCUUAGUAGCACCCACUUCUACAACUACUUCCAAGGUACUGAGCUGGUAGUGACAGGACAAACAGAAUUAGACAAUUUGAGUGGGAUAAAAGCCAACAUCACUGGACAAGGAAGGAACGGACACUUCUUCAUGGGUGUAACAGGCUGGAAUACAGUUAAUCCGCCUGACAAGCACCUUCUUUCACACUUGCAUCUUGCUCCUACACCUAAGAACUUCAUUGAAAGGUUAUGGGCUUUCCUGAAAGUAAAGGAUCUACUUAACGAAGUAAAAGCAGCCAAAGGAAACCAUGAGAAAACUUCGGCACAGAGAAAGGCUUUGAAAAUAGCACUUGAGCAUCAUUUUGUUACACCACUGACAUCUUUGGGGUAG